AUGCGCAAAGAUAGACAUGACAGUAAAGGGGAAGACACGUUAAAACUAUUUGACAAAUUACAUUCUUUUCAUGUAGUAUCAGACGGUUUUCCAUUAUUAGAAGACGGUAUAAUGGGCCUCCCAUUUUUCGAACAGUAUCAAUACAACAUCACAAACAAUGAACUAACAUUAGACGGACAAACUAUACAACAUGAGACAGAAAUCUCUAUUCUACCUAACGAAACUUACACCACAAAAAUUCCCAUCAACGAACAAUUUUAUGUAGCACACAUUUACAAUCCCACCAAUGAAACUCUCACAUAUCCAGUACACGAGUUAAAUACCACCCUACCAGACCGAAUCAGACUGUUAAAAGAGAAAAUUAACCCCCAACAUGUUGAUCCAGAAUUGAGAUCCAGUUUAGAAAAAACAAUAGUUUCUUAUAAUGACGUGUUCGCUUUCGAAAAUGAAGAAUUGCCUUGUACUAACCUUACCAGACACGUAAUCCAGCUAAAAACAGAAAAACCCAUUAACAUAAAAUCGCAUAGGCCACCCGAGACUCAGCAUGAGUUUCCUAUCGUUAAAGACGAAACGGUUUCAACUGAAUCAAUUGCUGAUAGAUUUUUGUUAUGUAGAGAAUUGUGUGUUCUAGCCCUUAACAGACAAUAUGAAUUAGGAGAAUUAAUCGGCGGUCCUGGUGUAAUAGUUGAAAUUGAUGAGCGUAAAAUUGGACGAAGGAAGUUUGAAAGAGGACGUUUGCGUGAGGAACAUGCAACUGUAAACCACAGCACUAAUUUCGUAGGCCCAGAAAGUGGUGCUUAUAUUCAGAACAUUGAAUCGUCCUGGCGUGUUUUGAGAGCAUGAUUUAGUAGAGGAGGUAUGAGACAAAAUAGUUUCAUUAAUCACGUGUGUGAGUUUCUGUGGCGUUUACAAACAAGAAAAAAUG